AUGAACAGCUCAGGACAAGCAGAAGAGGUCGAUACCCCAAUGACGGAGCAUGUCAGUGUCUAUACGCCUAUCGGACACUCCGGAGUACCUUUGCCGCACGACUACUUUCAGGACGUCAAUUAUGAAGUACCAAAGAGCGCUACACCCGAAGUGUUGACCCUAUACCCAAAUGAUGGGCAACGAGAUAUGAUAUCAAACCUUCCCACAGAAGUGAAGAUGCACAUUGCGCACAAAUUGUCACAAUACGAUCUGAUCAGUUUGGCCGCAGCUUCGAGUCUGUUCCAAAGAGUCGCCUCGCAGGCAUUGUAUUCCAAGAUUGUGGUUGAUGCGAACCAUUCUUACCUUCAAAGCACGUCAACUCAACGUAACCGCGAGAGAGCAACCUACAUCAAAACACGCUACAACUUCAACAAGCUUAUUGAGGUGAUUUCGCGACCGAGCAAUGGCCUAGGGGCUCUCAUUAAAUGUUUCGAAAUUAUUCGACUGCCUGACGGCAUGCACAGGUCCGAGAUUCAAAACCUGAUGUGCAACAGUCUACCUGCCAUGACUAACUUGUGCAAAAUUUAUUGUGGUAGUGAUGCAGUUUCGAUACCACCCAGAGUUCUACAAUUGAUGCCUAACAAGCGUGAAGUCGAGGCGUUGGCCGUAAACGUAGAUUUGCGUCAAAGCUGGGAAUCAAUCGAUACUUUCGAAAAUAUUCAGAAACUCUCUAUCUUCCCCUUUGUUGACUCCCAAAGGCUUGCAUCGUUUCUUUCCAAGCUUUUAACCCCUUGCGUUGUCGAGAAUUUGACUACCCUUCGAGUGGGCCGGGACUGUGCGGCAGUGACGAGUAGGUCUAGCAGGCAGUCUUUGAUUGUAACCGGGUACAUGUUGAACAAUAAUUUAGAGCAGCCAGAUGUGGUGGAAGGGGAUGCAGUGAUACGGUAUAACCAACUGGAUCUAAACUUUUGGGAAUUCUUGAUCCCCGUAGCUAACAGUGGCUUAAAGAUGAAGAGCCUGAACAGUUUCGAGAUCAGUGGCGUCAGCGUUAUUCCUGAAGAUUCUAGUCGCAUGGUACAAGGCGUUGACUUAACCUCCAUAAGGACCUUGAGUUUCCUCGAUAUGCAGGAAGUGCAGUUGAUUCCUGAGGUCGAUUACGAAGUCAGCGAUUUUACCAGUUUAGCGCUACAGCAUAUGCAAGCUAGUUUUUUAGGUGGAUUGGCUCCGUACUUGCGAAACCUCCAGAAACUAAGAUUGGAUUAUCGCGAGCCCGUGAAAGACUCCGUACAUGAAUUUCUUCGGGCGUUGAAGGAAGACGCCCAUGCAUCGCUGCAAGAGUUAGACUUAAACAUCCAUUGGGAUGACAGUAAGCUGGCUAUGUGGCCCAACUGGGAAACCCUUGCUCUCAAAUACAUGGAUUCCAUAUUGCUGCACGCAGCCACCUUACAGAAAUUGUCCCUCGUUGCGUACCACGAUUUCCGAUUCUACUCGCUGCCCAAGCGAAUUCCUAGCCAGGCACUCAUACACUUGCGCCUUUGUCGGCGAUUGCAAAGCCUGCGUUUGCACGGAGAGUCUCUUCACCCCAUGGGCGGAGAGCUCAUCAGCCAAAUGGCCCACUUGCGGAAGCUGGACCUGGUUGGUGUAGCCUCCGGCGGAGCUCAACACAUGGCGCUACAAGUGAUGUACGCCGGCGUGCUGGAUCGAUGGUACCGUGUCAUUCACGUGGCCAUUGCCUUGGCCAGGUCAAAUCCGGGGCUCCAGCUGAUACGCAUCGAUAAGUGUCUGUUCGAGUGUCUUGGUAAUGGAACGGUGGGUCCCAAAACCGACGAUGAAGACUUUGACACCGAAACUCGGGUGCUCAUGUCGGAGAAAGAUUGGGUUUAG